GUAAAUCCUUGUAAAAAGGCAAAAGCUCAAAACUUUGAAGUUAUUUGUUCAUGUAUACGGUGUCUCUCCAAGAAUUUUCUCCGUCUGAUUGAGAGUGAAAUCAUCGUCUUCUAAGUAAAACUUUUACUCCAUAUGCUCAAGACCUCGUGAUCUUGUAUGGCUUGAUUUUCCAGUGGAAUUAAAGACGUCCAGUCGAGAAAAAAGCAAAGACAUUUGGUCUCUUUGGAGAAGUUGCAACAUAUUGUAAAUUUAGACUUGGCUGCAUUAAAAGCUGCAUUUUGGAAGACAUCGGCAGAACAUAUGGUUUGGGGGCUAUUUCCUGUUCACCCAAAUUCAGGGGAGGAGAAGUACUAUAUAUAUACAAAGGGAACAUACAAAGUUGGCAGGAAAGGCUGCGAUGUGACCAUCGGUAAUGAUAAAAGUGUCUCACGAAUACAUGCUGAAAUCAUUCUAGAUCCAGUGGAAUCUUUGGAACAUGUUGGAAACAGAUCAUCUUAUUUUUCCUCCAAUGUUCGCAUAAAAGAUUGCUCCAAAUAUGGAACUUAUUUUGAAAGAAAUUCUAGCACAAAGGAAAAAGUUCGUGAUUGCCCGGGCAAUGAAACAUAUUUGAAAGACGGGGACUUGGUUUCAUUUGGCACUGGGAAUGCGACAUACAGAUUUUCUUAUGUCCCACUCAUUUUCUACCUUUGCAAUUUCACAAGCUCACAAGGAACACCUUCUGCACAAGAUAAAGUUUCAUCUAUAGGUGCUCGUGUUGCAUACAAGUGGACAACAGAAUGCACACAUGUAAUUGUGGAUCCAUUCACGCCUGUGACUGAGGAAAUAAUUGAUAUCAUUUUGGCUAAUAAACCUUUAGUACUAAGUACUUGGCUGGAGCUUGUUGCAGCAUGUAGGAUAAACAAUGAAAUUCCAAGUUACAGCCAAUACAUUCCAACGUUGACUUUGGAUGGUGGAUCUGUGACGAUAGCAGAUACCAGGACCCGUGAAAAUUGUUUGAAAGGAUACACUUUUUUGCUGGGUUCUGCAAAUAAGUAUAGAUUUCAAGAUAGGAUGCAGUCGUUAUUGGAAGUUGCUGGCGCAGAAGUUAUUUUAGUUGGUGAUUUUGAUUCAAGAAGCCAGGGUCGAACAGAUAAAGAUAAUUUGCUGGUGCUUGUGAUCCCUGCUGAUUCAACUGAGCAAUUCUGUCUGAAUAGCUCCCUGUGUAAAGUAAAUGAGAUCAAUUUAGUUUCUGCAGCUAUAUCAGGACAUCUGGAUGCGUCAAUCCUCAUAUCGCCAUCGAUAGUAGUUUUGUCUUCAUGCUCAACUGAUGAGACAAUUGUAGCAGACUCCGAUGCAGAAACAGACACAGAAACAGCCACUUCAGACCAUCCAGCUAUAACUAAUAUAGUAGUUGAAAAUGCAGGUCAUGACAGUGAAAGGCAGACUUUUAGAAAACAAACUGGUUCUUUGAGUGAAGACACUCUAGCUGCAGAUAUCACACUGUUGAAUAAUUCUAAACUAAUCAGAGGAAAGGAGGCCAGUGAAUGCAAAUAUGAGGAGAAAAUUGUAAAUCAAGAUAUUUUGUCACAUAAAGAUGGAAAAGUUAUGAGAUUUUUGGAACCAAACAGGGAAGUAACCACUGCAAGGAACAACAAUUUGGAAAGUCUGAACCAAGAUAUUCUUUAUAGCCAAAAUUUAAUUGUCAGAGGUACCACUACUACACAAGAUUUGACUGAUUCUGUAACAGAAUGUGGAGUUGUUAAUUUCAAGCGUUUUAGAAAGAUAAAAACUCAAUCUGGAAAUAGCUUUAGCAACCUUGUUCCAUUUUCAAAAUAUCCAUAUAAUGAUUCUAAUUAUGAAAAGGAAGAAAGUGAAUAUGUCAAGGAAGAGAAAAGGAGGAAGCAGACGGAAGCUAUGGCAGAGGAUUUGUUCAACAAUGAACGGGGACGGCGUCGAGGUGUUGCCGGUUCUCUUCUUGGACUGCUGAGUCGAAGUUGAUGCAGUGAUCCAAAGUCGUACAUUCAGCUGAUAUAUGGAUUUCAAAGGGAUCAAGCUAGGAAAAGUGAGAUAGCGAAACAAUCAGCAUUAUUUAUGGAUGAUGCAUGGUUUUCUACUUAUAGAAUUCUGGAUCACCUUUGCAAGGGAAUCAUCUUACCAAAUUAAUAUUCAUGUAUAUAUACAAAUUUCAGAGCCUGAGUCUGCUGAAGACACUGCCUUUUUUACUUGUAGCUUUGCCAAAGUAAUAUUCAUGUAUAUAUAUACCGAUACGAGAGCUUCAGUCUACUAAAAGACACUGCCUUUUUAGUUAUAGCUUUGGGGGUUGGCAUUUCUUACUUCAUCUAGUAGGCACUGAGUUCAUGGUUUUUGUUUCUUAUGCUAAAAUUUACGCAACCACCUGAUAUAAUUUAUGCAAACAGUUGUGCCA